CGUUGCGCCCAUCCCUUCCUUUUUUCCGCGGUCAACUAUACCCACGGAGCGCACGACACUCGGCGGCCCAGCAGCCUCCAGCAGGAUGACAGCAGAGAAGCUCCUCCCGGCCGUCGCGGAGACACUCUACCCGCCUCCGAGUCGCGAUCUAACCUUCUAUCUCGUCUUGCUGCUUGCUGUCGCACCCAUCUGGUCCGUAGUACCCCUCUCAUGGGCCUUCGUCAUUUACGCGCUGCACUAUGGCCUCAUAUGGACGUUCUCGUGGCGCGGCUGGGCCCUGUUUACCGUUGCAUUAAGUGAGGUCUUCUUCAGCGUGUACCACUACAACCUCGCGAGCUUCAUCUCCGGACCGAGCCCUAACGGUCCCGGAAACCUGCACGAGCUACGCAAGGCCUUCCACCGCGUCCUUCAAGCUGGUCUCGCGUCUCUGCCUGAAGACGGCUACGACGAAGAUGAGGAGACCCUCAAAGUAGACAGGCCUGGCAGUCCUGAGGAGACAUUGACGGUCUUGGAGUUCGACGACCCACGCGCCGUGGACUUCAGGAACUAUCUGAGAACAUGGUUCCGGCGCGUUCCAUGGUCUUCCAUUCGUCGCCAUGAGAUGUUCGCUUGGCUGUACUGGUCCAUCUUCAACGCGCCGUUCCCCGGAUACGACAAGGUCUCGCAGACGAAUCAGAAAGUCCUGGACGAAGUCAUCGAGCUGCUCGAGCAGCGCGCGGGCGUCAAGAUUCCGGAGGGCUCUAAUCCUGCAGCGAUGCCCCUGCUCCUCACGAUCGAUCCGGUUACUGUUUCUUGGAGGCCGCUCAUAUGGUACGCCGCGGUCACGCUCAGCAACGCUCUCCUUCGUCGGCGCUUCAAGACCAAGUGGAAUGCCAAGGUCGCGACCUUCAAGGACCUGGAGUAUGUCCUCCGUAUACCACCGACCUGGGACGCUCGCACCGGACCUCGACCCAUCGUGUUCCUGCACGGGCUGGGGCUGGGGUUGACGCAGUACCGUCGCUUCAUAGAGCAGUUACUGGUCGCUGUCCCCGAUCGCCCCGUGCUGGUUCCUCUUCUCCCCCAUGUCAGCCAAGAGAUCCUUCACCCUCGUUACCUGCGGCCCAUGGGCCGGCACGAGAUGGUCGAGCACCUUGCUGGACUGAUCGAUGAACUGGGCUGGGCAGACAACAAGGAGCCGACGUCCGAAGUAUCUGACUCCGAGGAUAAACUCAAGUCCAUCGGUGAUCGCACCUCCAAGGGUGUCACUUUGCUGAGCCAUUCUAACGGCUCGUUCGGGCACGCGUGGUUGCUGAAGGCGCACCCUGGGAUGAUCACGCGAUCGUGUUUCAUUGAUCCUGUCACUUUCUGCUCUUGGGAAGGCGAUCUAUGCUACAACUUCAUCUACCGGCCAUGCAGAAAUGGUCUCGACCUCAUCAUCAAGUACUUCGUUGGUACCGAGCUCGGCGUUGCCAACUUCCUCCAGAGACAUUUCGACUGGUCGUCCAACUCCCUGUGGUACGAAGAGAUCCCGAAUGCCAAAAAUCCCAAAAAGACCAUGUUCUUCCUUGGCGGGAAGGACUCCAUCAUCGACGCCAACCGCGUCCAACGAUACCUCACCUCGCACGGAGUGCGUAAAAACCUUCGCUUCGACCCCAGCGGUCACCACGGUGAAGCGCUCCUCGCGCACUCACCGUUCCAUAAUGACAUCCUGAACUGGCUCCGUGAAGAGUAGUGCUCACGACUGCAGCGCACUAUCGCGGACCUACGAUACCACAGCUACGACAUCCCGAUGCAAGGGCACUUUGCGGCAUAUAUAGGCUACUUGACGUAUUAAUGUAUCGAUACCGAUGCCACAGUUUGGCACCUAACAGC